AUGUUCAUCAUAUUCAUCGCCCACGUGCCCUGGAACUGGUGGACGCUGUGGAUCCCGGCACGUUUCGGUUUUUCAGACGCGACUGAAAUUUUCGUAUUCUGUUCCGGGAUGGCCUCCGCCCUGGCAUUUGGAAAAACAUUCGAUGUCUACGGAUGGGGUAUUGGCGCUGCCAGGAUCGCGCAAAGGAUGUGGCAGGUCUACUGGGCAUUUAUCGGACAGUUUCUGGUCGUUGCGGUCGGACUGGUGAUGGUCCACGAAAGCGGGUUCCUGAACGACUGCUGCGGCCUGACGCAGGACUAUGUCAAUUCACUGAACCUCUGGCAUCUUUACAACAAGACGGAGAUUGCCCUGCCGGGUCUGAUGACGAUGACCUGGGUACCCAACUACUUCGACAUCCUGCCAAUGUAUGUGGUGAUCCUGGCGCUGAUGCCGGCCAUCAUGCUGAUUUCACGUUACUCGGUGCCCGGUGCAUUCGCCUUUUCAAUCGGUCUGUGGCUGGCCUCACAAUUCGGUUUGCUCGACCUUCCGGCAGAACCCUGGUCGGACCGCAAGUGGUUCUUCAACCCCUUCGCAUGGCAGAUGCUCUUCUUCACCGGAUUUGCAUUCAUGCGCGGCUGGAUCCCAGCACCGCCUGUCAGCCGAAACCUCGUGCUGUUUGCCCUUGCAAUCCUCGUGAUCACGGUGCCUUUCGCAUAUUUCCGCGUCUACAGCGCGAACCAUCUGGACCUCGUCUGGGCAAAGGAAGUGCGCGAGGCCAUCAGACCGCUGUGGGUCAAGACCGAAUUCGGCAUUCUUCGCUACAUGCAUUUCCUUGCCCUUGCCUAUGUCGCCUGGGUUGCCGCGGGUGAACAUGGCAAACGCCUUCUUGGACACGGCGUGCUGUGGGGCGGGUUUGUACGUGUUGUCCAGAAGGUCGGUCAGCAGUCGCUUGCCGUCUUCAUGGCGAGCCUCGUGAUUGCACAGACCGUGGCCAUCCUGCGGGACAUGGCAUGGGCCCGCGGUGAGUGGCUGGCGCAGGUGUUCACCAAUUUCGGUGGCUUCCUUGCGCUGAUUGCCGUCGCCUAUGUGGUGUCCUGGUACAAGAGCCAGCCCUGGCGGAAACCGCCGUCAAUCUCCAAUCCUCCAUCCAGCACGGUCCCGGGUUCUUCACCCAGGGAAGGUGGCAACCAAACCACCGAGCACGCACGGUCGGAGGCAAAAGAGCCCGCCCUUACCUGA